AUGGACACAGAUAUGACACAGAGAUUCUCCUCUAAAGACGAGGAGGUCGACUUCUGGAAAGCUCUUUCCCUCAAGUACAAACAAGGCGUCCAGGAGGCCCAGGAGGAGCUGCUGGAGUUUCAGGAGGGGAGCAGGGAGCUGGAGGCUGAGCUGGAGGCACAGCUGAGUCAGGCCGAGCAUCGUCUGAAGGACCUGCAGUCGGAGAACCACCGAGUGAAGAACGAGGUGGAGUCGCUGAAGGAGCGGCUGGAGCAGCAGAAUUCUCAGAGCUACAAGCAGAUCUCCGUGCUGGAGGACGACCUCGGACAGCUGCGCAGUAUCAAGGAGCAUCUCCACAAAUACGUGCGAGAGCUGGAACAGUCCAACGAUGACCUAGAGAGAGCCAAAAGAGCUACUAUCGUGUCCCUGGAGAACUUCGAGCAGCGUCUGAACCAGGCCAUCGAGAGGAACGCCUUCCUGGAGAGCGAGCUGGACGAGAAGGAGUCUCUUCUGGAGUCCGUGCAGCGGUUGAAGGAUGAAGCCAGAGAUCUGCGGCAGGAGCUGGCCGUGAGGGAGCGGCAGGUCGAUGUCAGCAGGAUGUCGGCUCCGAGUUCGCCCACGCAGGACAACGUGAAGACGGACGGUGCUGUGCAGGCCUCGCUCUCCCUCCCGGCCACCCCGCUGAGCAAAGGUCUGGACAACGCCUUCGCCAACUCCACAGUUCUAUCAAAUUGUUACGGCAGCAACUCGCCGCUGACUCCCUCUGCGAGAAUAUCAGCCCUCAACAUCGUCAGCGAUCUACUCCGGAAAGUCGGGGCGCUGGAGUCCAAACUUGCAGCUUGCAGAAACUUUGCCAAGGACCAAAAAGCCAGGAAGGCGUUCGCUCUGGACAACGGAAACGUCCUCAACGCAAACACCGUCAGCUACUCGCAGUCGCUCCACACGUCUUAUUAUGACAAAGCCAGGACGGUGAAUGGUCUGGAACCUGGACGCCUGACGGUCAUCACCGCCCCUCCUGCUGCCUCCUCUGCAGGCUUAGUGCCCCUCGCCGUGUGA